AUGAGGAUGUGUGUGUUGCAGUGCUGUCUGGCCCUACUGGGUUUGUCUCUGGUGCUGUGCAGUAACGGCGUCUCUUCUCAGCCGGACCUGGAUCUGAGACAACGCAGACUUCUGCAAAGAGUCCGUGCCCAUGGCGUGGCUGCGCAGGAGUGGACUAAGAAUGACCUGAAGGACAUGCUAUCCCAGCUCACCUUGCCAGAGUCAGAGUUUCAGGAGAACGACCUCUCUAGUCUGGGGACAAAGCAAGACCUGACGGUGGAGUUGGAGAGAUCAGCAGAAGACCCCAACAGCCUCCCACCUCGCGAGCGAAAAGCCGGCUGCAACUUCUACUGGAAAGGGUUCACGUCCUGCUGAGGUCCAGAUUCUGUAGUCACAUGACCCGACAUGACACGGCCACUCCCAGGUCCCAGCUGCUGAAUGCCCGCCUCACCCUCACCAGUGAGAAUUAACCAAAUCAAUCAGAUUCAAUUGUAACCUUGCAAUUUAUAUAUAUAUA